ACUGUUGCGAUGAAGUUCAUAAUGAAGCACGGUAAAACCGAAAAUGAUAUCCACAACCUCAGGCAAGAAAUCGAGGUCUUAAGAAAGUUGAGUAAUGUAUAUACUGUGCAUUUCAUUUGAAAGUCCACAAGAGUUUUGUGUUGUCACAGAAUUUGCUCAAGGAGAGCUAUUUGAGAUUCUUGAGGAUGAUAAGUGCCUUCCUGAAGAACAAGUUCAAGCAAUUGCAAAACAACUGGUAAAAGCGUUACAUUAUUUGCAUUCCAACCGAAUCAUCCAUCGUGAUAUGAAGCCGCAGAAUAUUCUCAUUGGUGCUGGAUCUGUUGUCAAGCUAUGCGAUUUUGGUUUUGCACGAGCAAUGUCCACAAAUACAGUUGUCUUGCGAUCCAUAAAAGGAACUCCUCUAUACAUGGCUCCAGAGCUUGUACGGGAACAACCUUACACCCACACUGUUGAUUUAUGGUCUCUCGGUGUUAUAUUAUAUGAGUUGUAUGUUGGCCAACCUCCUUUUUACACAAAUUCUGUGUAUGCUCUCAUCAGACACAUUGUCAAGGAUCCAGUUAAAUAUCCAGAGAGCAUGAGUCCCAGUUUCAAAAGCUUUUUGAAGGGCCUGCUAAACAAGGCACCUGAAAGUCGUUUAACUUGGCCUGCACUUCUUGAACACCCAUUUGUUAAAGAGACUUCUGAUGAACUUGAAGACAGGGCAUUGUGUGAGAUUACCGGCUCACCUGGGGACUGUGAUGCUGCAAGGAGGACCAUUCAAAAUUCAACAGGUUGUAACUAUCCCAAGUCUGGUUUGUUGGAGCAUAAUUCUUCUCCACUUGAGAAUAAAGCUCUGUUAAAGAGCCCUAAACCAGACAAGGAGAAUUCAUUAGUUCCUGAUGAGUCCCCUGGAAUCUCAAAUCAAUCUGCUAUAAUAGAGUCAGGUUGCCAAAGAUUGGAUCAACUUGAAAAUAACUCUCGAACAGUCAAAGGUGCAAAAAUAAUUGGUCAAGAUAGUGAAGCUUUGGGGCAUAUUCUUCUACCACUUAAAAAGUGGUCAAAUGGAUCUCAAAAUAUUUGCAGUGAUCAAGUACUCAUUGAGGCAAACCAAUCACUAAGGAUUGUUUCAAAUCUUGUUGCGGCUGGUGUGCUAAGUCUUAGUGGGAAAAUGGAUGAACUUAUAACUGAAAUUCUUCUAUUCAUUGGGUCUGUUCUAAGCGUGAAAUCCUCUGAACUUGUAGACUUGAUAGCAAAGGGUUUCUCCAUCACAAAAGUUUUGCUAGAAAACUAUGGGGCUUGCACUUCAAGUUCUUACUUCAGGCACUGGGUUGCAAUUGUUGAAAUUUAUUCUCAGAUUGUAACUUCAAGCAGUGAAGCAUCUGGAAGGGUACUGUCUGAGUCUAGUGCGUGCAUUACAGUCAUGCUAUCUAGAGUUGUUAAGGUGCUUAGAUCAUCUCAAAUUUUGGAUCCAGAUACACAUAAUGAAACUGUUGGUAGAGUCUUAGAACAUGCUAAAACAUCUGGUCUAGUAGACAAUUUGUGUCUGUGCUUAGCCACUUCAGGUUCGAGUCUCAUCUCAGGCUCUUCGAAUAUGCUACGGGCUGCUACUGAAGCAUGCAGGGCUGUCUGGUCUUUUAUUAAUGCACUGGAUAUAUACUUUAUGAAAAAGAGUUCCCCUUUGUUUCCCAUAAACGCUUUGUGGAAUCAUUCGUUGAAUAGGAAGCAAAUUAUGGAUCAUGGGCGAAGUCCCUUGGCUGUUACAGAUACCGCCCAAAUUGUUGAUGCAGUAACGAGAGCAUACUUGAGAUCUAAAGCUGUACAAGUUGCUGUUUACUAUUGUUUUCACCAGCGUAUUGAGUUUGCCAUGAAUUGUAGUCUCCAGCUUUUGUCAAGGUGCUGCAUACACAGCGGUACUGUUGCAGCUCUCCUUUGUGGUCUACCUACUACCCUUCCGGUGACUACUCUUGUUAGUGGUGGUGGUGAUGGUACUAUUAUUUCAGAGAUAUUCUCUGUUUUGUCAUUAUGUAUUAACUCUGCUAACAAAGAUGCACAGAGUGGGGAACCGAAUAAUAUUCAGUGCAAAUUAUCAUAUCCCUCUGCUUUGGUUCGUCAUUCAUGUCUCACUCUUGCAAUAAUUGCACAAUGCUUAAAGUCAACUGGACGAAAUUCAGCAAUUUUUAUGCUGACUACCUCACAUAAGAAGCAGUUUGCUAGACUAUCAUGUCUAGCCCAUCAUAUGUCUUCAGAUGACAAGGCAAAAGCUUCUCAAACUGCAUCAGCAUUUUUGGCUCUGGCGUCCAUUUUAUUUCUUGAAUCUGGGGCUUCAGUUGAGUCUCAAAUAGCUGACAUUGCUAUGCCUUUAAUCCCUCGAACUUUUGCUCUGUGUGACCAUCUUAAAAUUUCUUCUUGCAAAAAGAAUGACAAUGAAUUGGAUCCUGACUACCUAAGUGGGAAGCUUUCAUAUUGGCAAGGGGUAAGAGAUGGAUUUGUUGGUCUAUUAGAUUCCAGACUGAAAUGGGGAGGACCAUUAGCUGUUCAGCAGUUUUGUGCAAGUGGUAUCCCUCUUCUUCUUAUUGGCUUAUUAGGCAAUGAUGUUUUAAAUGAGGCACAUGGAAAUGAGUGCCUGAAUGAUAGAGUUGGAUUAUCUCCAGUUGGGGUUGUAUGGACUAUUUCUUCGAUCUCUCACUGUCUUUCAGGCAGUGCUUUGACUUUUCGCCAUAUUUUAAUUAGAACUGAACACAUUAAGCUCAUCACCAGCUUGAUAUGUGAUGUUCAUAUUAAGUUAGUAAAAGGCUGGAUUGGACCUGGUGGAGGACGAGCAGGAGUAAGAGAACUAAUAAAUGCAGUAGUAGAUCUCUUAGCAUUUCCUUUUGUUGUGCUGCAAAAUGCCCCUGGCCUGCCAUCAUCAGCCACUGCUUCUGUGAACAGUGGGUUUCUACUCAACAUUGGUUCACCUGGUCAGAGAGUCUGCUUGGAGGACAAGGAUAUGGUUAAGGCCAUACAAGAAGACAUGAACAAAUACAUUAAGAUCCUUGUGGAUGUGGGUGUGCCUGUUAUUAUCCUUCGAUGCCUAGAUCAUAUGGAGUUGGCUGACUUGGGCAGACCUGUUGCCUUCCUUGCCAAAAUGGUAUUCCACCGGCCUUUAGCAAUUCAACUUGUGAGUAAAGGACUUUUGGAACCAAACAGGAUGAGAAGGUUAUUUGAUUGUUCAGGCCCAAAAGAAGUUACACUGGACACACUAAUGAUAGUUUCUGAUCUUGCUCGCAUGGACAAGCGAUUCUAUGAGUGUAUCCAAGGUGCUUCUAUUUUGGAGUUCUUAAAAGAUUUUCUUUCACAUGAAGAUCCCAAUUUCCGUGCCAAAGCUUGUUGUGCUCUUGGAAAUAUGUGUCGUCAUAGCGCCUAUUUUUACAGUUCAUUUGCAAGGCACCAAAUUGUUGGCCUCCUGAUCGAUAGGUGCUCUGAUCCUGACAAAAGGACACGAAAGUUUGCUUGCUUUGCAAUUGGAAAUGCGGCUUACCACGAUGAUACAUUGUAUGAAGAGCUGAGAAGAUCUAUUCCUCAGUUGGCUAAUGUACUGCAGAUGGCAGAGGACGACAAGACUAAGGUAAAUGCAGCAGGUGCACUCAGCAAUUUGGUUCGACACUCUGACAAGCUUUGUGAAGAAAUAGUGUCCAAAGGAGCGAUUCAGGUGAAGUUCUUGCUGCAGUUUAUUACUGUUUCUAAAUUUUUGUGAUAUGAAUUAAGGAGCGAUUCAUCUUUGGCUUAAUUCAUAAAACCUGGAAAUGCACCACAGAAAAUAAAGUAGUUUUCUCUUUUUGGGGCUUGAGAAAAUAAACUCUGUGUGUGUAUAUUUUUUGUAAACAAUGGUAUAAAAAACUCCAAUAAGAUGCAUUUGCAAAUUCCAAUUUUUAAUUCCAUUUCUGGCAUCUAGAAUUG